AUGCUUCUAACCGGGGAUGAUCAUGAUGGGAUUUGUGAGCUAAAGUCCUUACUUCAUAACUCAUUUCACAAGAAGGACUUGGGUCCUCUUACUUACUUCUUGGGUUUGGAGGUCCAUCGUAGCAGUCGAGGGCAUUUCAUUUGUCAACAAAAAUACACCUCUGAUCUCGUCAAAUUAGCURGAAUUACUGAUGAGAAACAUGUUGAUACUUCCUUGGAGUUGAAUGUCAAACUAUCUAAAUCCAAAGGCCUCCUCCUUCCUGAUGCUACUUUGUACCAUCAGCUUGCUGGCUCUCUGAUCUAUCGCACUAUGAUCAGGCCUAAUAUUUCACAUGCUAUUCAGGUUGCUAGUCAAUUUGUCUCUGCCCCGCGGUAA